UCACUAUGAGCAAGACCGCAGUGCACUUAAGCGGAAGGAAUGGGAGAGAAGAAACCAGGAAGUCCAGCAAGAUGAAGAUCUCUUUGCUUCAGGUUUUAACCUCUUCGGAGAACCCUACAAGACAAAUAAAGGUGAUGCCCUUGCAAACCGUGUCCAGAACACACUGGGAAAUUACGAUGAGAUGAAGGACCUGUUAACCAACCAUUCCAACCAGAGCCACCUUGUAGGAAUCCCAAAGAAUUCUGUCCCACAGACACCCAUUGACAAAAAUGAACAGAACUUUUUCCCAGAACCAAGAAACAGGAUGAUCCCAUCUCAUCAAAUCAGUGGCCACUCAUCAACAUCAAUGCCUCCACCUUCUUCAUUGUCAUCUAAUUCUACUUUGCUACACAGUCACCAGAGCAGCAGGAAGUCAAGGACAGACUGGUCACGUGGUAGUCACAACUCUAGUGGGGCCCAGUCAAGCCAAUCCAGUAGUCAGCAGAGCCGGACAAAGCAUAGCUCUUCUCAUGACCAGCCGCAGGGCAGGUAUGAAGACCUCUAUAAUUGUCAGGGUGAGCAGCAUAAAAGUGGAGGAACUGAGGAAGCAAAUUCUGUGGCAGCAUCUUCACAUUCGAGGAGGCAUACUCAUUCAAAGUCAGCACCCGGAGAACAUACUUACAAAGAAAACAGUCAUUCAAAGUCACCCACAGAGCUUGAGUUUGUAGGUCAUGGUCCUGGAUCUCCACUUCCUUCCACUUCUUUGUUAUCUGCGAACAAUGGUCUUUCGACCCAGAAUUUCCCACCAGGACUUCACUGUAAAAACAGCAUGGUCCAGCAAAAGCCUACAGCAUAUGUCAGGCCUAUGGACGGUCAGGACCAGGUACCAAAUGACUCACCUGAACUGAAACCUCCAAUAGAAAUUGAGAGUGGAUAUGGAAAUCAGUCCUUUGGAACACUGCUGGAAGGAAAAGUGAACACACCUAGUUCGAAGAACAAAGUACCAAAGCUCAACAUUCCUCCUGUUAGUGAAGGAAGUUACUUCAGAUGUGCUUCUCUGAGGGAUAAAAGACAUCCUCAUGGGAAAGUGAGAGCAUCUCCUGUUGCAAACAGGGGGCUAAAUGCUGAUCUCAGGUUUGGAUUCAAAGCUUUUGAGGUCCAUCUGUGGAGUAUCGGUUACAAGCUCAGGAGGGACGCCAGCAUGGCUGGUGAUCUGAACAAAAAGCUCACAAAUGAUGUGACUGCACAGGUGGAGCGGAGAAGCGGGGUGGCUCUGGAUCCUGCCUACAAAGGGUCAAGAAUGACAAAGAUAAAUAGUCAUUGGUAUGAAUGCUUCAUCCGUUAA